UGCGUAUCUAAUUCCGGCUAGCAUCGGCCUUAUAGAUAAAUGGAUAAUAAACCUAAAUCAAUGGCUAAAUAAUAUAUAGGCCAGAAAUUAACUUUAAACAGCAGUGUCUGCGAGCAAGAUUUGCUAUAUAAACAGCAGCCAUAUGUAAAAUAGAGUGGCUUCCCCCUGAAUCUCGCGCUGUAAGUUCAUAAAAAAAACAAGAUGGCUGCUAUAGUAAAUGAGCAUGGUUGCAUCUGUUGGAAACAUAGCUAGUCUUCAUUUACUACUGAAAAGUUUUAAUUCAAUGGUUUUUUAAAAACAGGUACAUAAAUGAAACAAGGAAACAUUUUUGUAUUUUAAAAAACAUAAAUCCUCCUAAAAAUGUGAAAUAAUUAUUAAAAUUUAAGGAGUCAACCGUUUUUCACAUUACAAGUCGCUGGCGAUUUUACGUCUGUGAUUGAAAGCUCUAGUACUAGGCCUAAAUAAAUAUUAACUGAUUUGGUACAGAUUCCUGAUCAUAAAUCUAUUUUCUUAGACACAUUACAUACAUUUUAAAACAAUUCUAAAUUACAGAAAUUAUAGGGGAAACUUAACAUGCCCCAGAUUCUUUUUCUGGCAAUUGUAAAAAAAACAAAAAAAAACUGGCCUGCUUUUUCAAAUUAGAGAAUGGGUAUAGCUGUUAUAGAUUUUGAGAUAAUCUGAGCUAAAUUCAGGAAUUCAUGAGGCUGAAAAAGUCCCAACAAGCUUUGCUACAGCCACAUAGCUUGGAAAAUGUCAAAUGCAGAAUUAUGGGAUUUGGAUACCAGUGGUGGUAUUAUGGAGCAAAUCCAAAUGCUCAUUGCACCACCUAUUAGUGCUGAUGCUUUAAGGAGAUCACGUAGACGUAGAGAAAGGGAAGUUUACAGGCGUCCUGGUCGCUCAGUAAAUCAUGACUGUUGUGACAGCUGCAAGGAAGGUGGAGAUCUGAUUUGCUGUGAUCGUUGUCCUGCUGCUUUUCAUUUACUAUGCCAUGAUCCACCACUUUCAGAAGAAGAACUGCCAACAGGCGAAUGGUUGUGCCAUAAGUGCAAGAUUUCCCCGCAAGAGUCUAAAGAUGAGGAUACAGAAAGCACCUCAAGCAAAUCGUCCAACAGAUCAAACAGGACCAAGAGAACAGCAGUACACAUUGAAGCUGAUGGAGAUGGAGAUAAUCCUCUCAAGACUCUAGUCAAAGCUGCCCGUCUAAUGAAUCCCAUGCAGUUUGAUGUUGGCAAAGAGAUUUCCUGUAAUAAACCAUUGCCAGGCAGUAGCAAGAGAAUGUAUGGAAAAGCAGCCAAAAAUGUGCCCAAAAAACAGGCUCAUGAAUUGGAUAAUGGAUUGGUACCACUUCCAGCAAAAAUGUGUUUUUCCUGUAACAAAAGCUGCAGAGUAGCACCACUUAUCCAGUGUGAUUAUUGUCCUUUGUUGUUCCACUUGGACUGCCUUAAUCCCCCGUUGACAUCAUUGCCCACAGGCAGGUGGAUGUGCCCAAACCAUGUUGAACAUUUUCUGGACUCACACCUGCUUAAAAGUCAGAGUCUCACAGAGCGUUUGCGUCUGUGGGAUAGAUAUACAGGUUUGGUGGAUAGUCACACAGUUAAAGUAGACUUCCUUAACAAAAUCCAUCGCAAGUUCCCAAUGUUCAGAUUUAGAAGAAAAUUACCAUCAAGACUCUCAAUAAGUGUUCCACUGGCUAUCAAAGAGUUUUAUCAACAUCCCACUGUGCUACUGCCCGACCCUGCACGCCCCUGCCCUCUCACUAGCACUGGUUCCCACCUGACUCAUGGAAUGGCAACUCUAGAAGAGCAAGAAGAGUGGCUAUCAAGUGUGGUAUCCAUGCAAGCGAGCAUAGCAAAAUAUUUAGCUCAAAAACAAAUAGAAAAAACAGCUGAUGGGACUAGAAGUUGUGAGGUGACUACAAUGAAUAGUAAGCCUACAGCAUCUGUGGCACCUGUUGUACACAAAGAGGUUGAACAGGAAACUGUAAACAGUGAUCUUUUUCUAGAAUUAGCUGACUGUGAUAGAAGCAAACAGCAGAUAUAUAAUGGGGAACUUACUAGUAACAGUCCCAAUACUGUUGCAGACAAAAACAGUUCCUUGUCACCAUGGCCACCUGAAAACCUAACAGGAGGUGUGGUCUCUUUGUUGCCUAAUAACAUAAGGCAUAGCUUUGUGUCCAGUCCUAAAGGAGAUGCAGACAGCAUUGAGUCAUCGAAUGGCAGGCAACUGGAGGAGAUGGGAGUUAGAGCUCGAAGUAACAGUGCAGAUUCAAUCCCCUCUCCCUCAUCACCAGCUCUGGGCAGGCCACUCUGGAUGGCUGGAGACAAUUUCAUUGGGGAUUGCAGCAGUAAAAACUCUGGCAGCAAAAAUAUUGUUAUCAAUGCUAUCAAAAACAGUGGUGUUGUGACAAAAGUUUUGCCUGGUAAACCACAACCAGCAAAGGUAAUAUUUCCAAAUAACAAAGUACCCUUCCCUAGCAGCAAUAGUAAUAAUGGAAAUGAACGUGUGAUUGUUCAGUCAUCUAAUAAAAUACAGACUACAACACCAAAAGUCAUUAGCGUUGCUUCAUCAUCAAGCCGUCAAGCUAACAGUGCACCUAUUUCUCAAAAAGCUGGUCAUUUCAAUAACAUCAUUGGUUCUUCACCAACACUAGCCAACUUAAAUAGUAUGCUUCAGCAGUGGAUUGAGGGGAACACUGUUGAUGGUGAAUUUUCUAAACUAGAUGAACAGCUGACUCAAAUUUUGGCUUGGCAGCGACUUCAACAGCUAAUGCCAUCCAGGUCACCACCGACAUCCACUUCUUGUCCUGUAACAACUUCCACCACUCCAACCAAUACUAAAAAAGGAUUAUUAAAUGUGUAUUUAGCUCAACAAUGCACGUCAGAAGUUCGGUCUAGGGCAGUUUUAUGUCCCCUGUCCGGCAAGGGUCAAGCCAUUCCAAUGCCAUACAGGUCUUUGAGUCUUGGAACAGGGGCUGAUAUGGAUGUCUGUCUAAGUCAGUAUGGACAGUGUAAUUUUAUAUCAGGUCAUCAUGCAACAAUAUUUUAUGAUGAGAUGAGUCGCCAUUUUGAACUUCUGAACUACAGUGAACAUGGUACAACUGUUGAUAAUGUGCUCUUCUCAUGUGACUUCUCUGACAAGCCUGCCACCACGCCACAGUUGAGUCCAGUCAUCUCUGCUGUUAGAGAGAUGAUCAGUAAAGAUGGACGCAGAAAUGGAACCAAGAGCAGUAAACAUGGAGAAGACAAAUUGAGAAUGUCAGCCAAAGCUAAUGGGAGGUGUAGUGUUUGCAGCUGUAAAGCAAGUAGCUCAAGUCUUAUAGGUGGCAGUGGUGCAGGCUGGGAAGGUACAGCUCUACUACACCAUGGCAGCUACAUCAAAGUGGGUUGCUUGCAGUUUGUUUUCAGCAUUGUUGAUCAUGCCCCAGACCAGCACAUCCAGCAGUCAACAGAAUCAUCCUUGUCAAUGAGCAGGUUUUCAUCUAUGCCUUUGUUGUCAACAUCCCAGUACCUACACAAUCAGCCAAGCUUGUCUUUACUUAAAACUCAACUCAAAUCUUCUGCACCUGCUUAGUUCUGCUUGGAUGGAAUGUACAUUAUGUAUAAAAAAAAAUCUAUGAUACCAUAUACAAUCAAUAAAAGCAUCUAAAAAUCAAACUUACAAGAACAUGUCAGGUGCUGAAUCCAACAUGAAGUUCCAGGGAUAGUAACAGCUGGAUUCUGUGAAUCUUUUCAUACUUAUCUACAGGGACAAUUGUUUCCAGGUUUCCUGUUGAAAUCCUACUUGACGAGUGUUUUCUAGCCCAGGUUUCUUUUUUGAGCUACCUAUGACAAUUAUUUUGCAAUCUUGUCAUGAAAUGAUUGAAAUAAGUUAUGAACAAUUUGUUUGUGGUCAAUAAAUGGUCAUACUUAAUUGGUUGA